CUUCAAACCUCUACAUAAAACCCCGUGAGUGCUCUGGAGCUUCCAUUUGAAGUCUGCAGAGUUUUAAGAAAAUGAGUAUUUUAAGUGCUCCAUUUCAACAACUGUGUGCCAUAUUUGGCUCAAUCACGUUCUUCCAAUGGAUAGCCAUCUUUGUUGUGUUUGUGUUCUACAUCUAUUGGAGCCUGACCAAGAACUACGGCAAAUUUGAGAAGCAAGGCCUAUUUUCUAUCCCUCCCAAGCUUUUAUUUGGAAACAAUCAGGAUCUUUUCCUUCAAACAAAGCCCAUGAUUACUUGCUAUCGUGAGUUCUACAAUCAAUUUGGAAACAACAAAUGUGGCAUCUGUUACGAAGGUCCCGAAGCUAAAUUCUACGUCAAAGAUCCUGAGCUCAUCAAACAAGUCAUGAUCAAAGAUUUUGACCAUUUUGUGGAUCUGAACUUCAUUCCCAAAGAGCUGGCCAACAUGCCAGUGAACGAAUUUGGUCUGGCUAAUGCUCUCGGUGAUGAAUGGCGAGCUCUCAAGUCCAGCAUCACGCCAGCCUUCAGCCUCAAGAACAUUAAGAACAUUGGGACCAACAUUAACGGACCAGCCUUGGAUGUGAUCGAUAGCUUGAAAAAGUGCCAAAACGGAGUUGCCAAUAUGGAACUCUACUCCGGAUAUUUUGCAAUGGAUUGCAUUGGGCGCAUUGUGUUCAGUAUAGAUUUUCAAACCACGAAAUCGGGUGGUAACGAUUUCGUUAAAUAUGGCGAUGGCUUUUUCGAAUCAUGGCGAUUCGCGUUUGCCUCCUUGAUUCCCAGCGUAGCCAAGAACCUGAACUUUGCCAUGUUUAAUCCAAAGUCCACAGGGUUCUUUUUGAAGUUGGCCCACAGUGUGCUAAGUGGUCGGGAUGGUACCAACGCAUAUCCCCCCGAUGUCCUGGGUCUCAUGAUGAAGAUCAGGGACGGAAAAUUGAUCCCCGAAGACGAUGAUGAGAAGGGCAGCAAACAGACCAUGGCUGCCAAAUGUAUGGACAACGAUAUGAUCUGUCGGACCCUCAUGCAAUUCUUUAUGGACGGAUACGACACGGUGAGUGCCAUGACGACCAUGUGCUUUUAUUACGUGGCCCAUCAUCCCGAGGUCCAAGACCGUCUCAUUGAUGAGGUGGACGAAUUAUCCGGUCGCGUGGGCACCAACAUUACCGGUGAUGAUGUGAAGGACCUUCACUACAUGACCCAAGUGUACAACGAGACCAGUCGCUUGGCUCCUUUCUCGUUUACGCUGCGACGCUGUACGAAGCCAUGGAAGGUUCCUGGCACAGAGGCAGUCAUUCCAGUGGACAUGGGUGUGGUCAUUCCGAUCGUUGGGCUCCACUAUGACCCGACCUACUUCCCUGAUCCAGAGAAAUUCAACCCAGACCGUUUUAGCACGGAAAAUAAGCACAAGAUCACUCCUGGCACAUUCAUACCAUUCGGUCUGGGUCCCCGUCAAUGUAUUGGCAUGAAGAUUGCUCAAAUGGAGGCCAAAAUCCUCAUGUACCAAGUGUUUCGGAACUUCCGAUUGGAACCGAGCGAGUCGACUCCUUUCCCUCCUAAGUGGCGAAGUGACCAUUUCAAUCGCAUUCAAGGCGGAUGCAAUCUGAAGCUUAUUUCACGUGUCUAAUUAUUAAUCCCGAUAUGUUCAGUUUAUCCCAAAAAUAAAACCUGGAUCUACUAAACAA